UGACAUGGAGACCCACGGCUCAAGGAAGGCCCCCAAGUCAAACUUUCGAAACAACUUCUCAUCGAUGAUAUGGGAGGAGACUUGAAAUUCUUUUUAAUCAACAGCUCCGAUCACAAGAUAGAAUCUCGGACCUAUUAUGAUAGCUGUAGGGCGAACGAUCUUGCUGUGCAUUUCCCUGAUUGGUCUGAACACAUUUCGUAGAUCAACAUUUGAACUCGGAAACGAGAACCGUAGACACAAGUCUUUCCCUCAUCUUCGGCCUUCAUGGACGCUGAGGCGUAUUUUACAAGUCAGCGAAAUUCAAAACCUGAAACUCAACAAGACGAAUCAAGUGUAUUCCCCUACAUCGGCAACAUCGGUCGAAUGCCACCACGUGCGUCAAGUCAACAGGUCAUACAGUUGUGCCUUUGUGCAAGCUAACAGUGACUGUGAUUUGUCGGAUGGAUUUAUUCAGUACAUCCAUUUUAUCUACUGCAAGCUCCCUAAGGCCAUUCCACUUGCUUUGGUCAUUCUUUUUGUAUUGAUGCUGUUUCUGUUCAUUGUGUUGGGAAUUACUGCAGAUGACUACUUUUGUCCAUCACUAACUGUUAUCUCCAAGACUUUGCGGUUAAGUCAGAAUGUUGCAGGAGUGACAUUUCUAGCAUAUGGGAAUGGAGCUCCAGAUAUCUUCAGUGCCAUUGCAGCAGUCUCAGCUCAUUCAAAAAACCCAAAUGCAGCACAGCUUGGUAUUCAGGCACUGUUUGGUGCUGGUAUAUUUGUAACAACAGUAGUUGUUGGGAGUGUUACACUGUGCACUGGUGGCUUUCACCUCAACAAUCGUCCGUUUACACGUGAUGUUCUUUUCUACCUUGGAGCUGUUUCGUGGAUGUUUAUUACUAUGUAUAGGCAAAGAAUUACCAUGCUGGAGGCUAUAGGUUUUAUUAUCUUCUACUUUGCGUAUGUUGUUGUUGUCAUUGUUGGCCGUUAUGUGAACCAAAGAUGGAAAAGAAGGCAAGAAGAAGCUUGUAGACAGGCAGUAAUUAACCCAAGUGAGACCACACCACUUUUUUCUAAAAAUGAUGUAACUCAUGCCAUUAUAGACAUUCCCCCAAUCAUCAAUCGUCCAAAGCGAUCAGCAAAUCUUCCCCCUAUGCAGAAGCUUGUCCGUGGGGUUCUUCCCUUCACUAGCGCUGAUUUUGAAUUAAGUGGGAUCUUCAAUAAAGUUUUUCUCAUUCUUAAGGCCCCUGCAGCAGUUGUCCUUAAUGUGACUAUUCCUGUGAUUGAUUAUGAUGAACCAUACCAGAACUGGAACAAGUGGCUCAAUGUGCUCCAUCUCAUCACUGGACCCAUGUUCUGUGUCCUAGCAACUAGAGUUAGUAGUGUUCUUAUCGGGGGCCGGUUUUCUGUAUGGGUCUUGACGUUGAUUUUGUGCGUGGUGCUGGCACUGCUUGUGACUGCAACAACAACCCACAACAAGCCGCCAAGGUGUCAUUGGGUAGGUUGUACAAGCCCCCAAGGUGUCAUUGGGUAUGUGUUGUACAAGCCGCCAAGGUGUCAUUGGAUGUUUGGAUACCUUGCGUUUAUUGUGUCGGUCGUGUGGAUCUACGUGACUGCUAAUGAAAUCGUCAACAUUCUACAGAGUUUUGGGAUUGUUCUUGGACUCAGCAAUGCCAUACUGGGCUUGACAUUUCUUGCCUGGGGCAAUAGCAUAGGAGAUCUCGUGGCAGACACAACCAUGGCCAGGCAGGGUUUCCCAAACAUGGCGACUGGUGCUUGUUUCGGUGGCCCUAUGCUGAAUCUCCUGCUUGGGGUGGGCAUUUCCUGCACCAUUGCGUCCGUAUCUAGGGGGCAUCCAGUACAGCUGAAGCAUCGGUACCAUCAGUACAUGGUAUCUGCGGGCUUCCUUGCAGCUAGUCUCGCCUCAUCUGCCAUCAUUAUUCCUCUUAGAGGGUUUCGACUCACUCGUGGAUACGGAAUCUAUCUUUUGGUGCUCUACUUUACGUAUCUGACCACCUCAAUCGUCACCGAAGUUAAAGACUUAUGAUUUUACCACAAUAACCAUACAUAGUUAAUCCGUGUAACCUGGAUUUCUAGAACAGGUUACAAUUCUUAGUCAAUAAAUUUUAGUUCUCUUUAAAUUUUUAUUUUUUAAACGGAUGGAAAAUCAUUUUAGUUUAUAAUCAUUUUAUAUCAAAUUCUCAAAAUAGUGGUUGAUAACAAAUAUUUUAAAAAUAAAAUUUGUAGAUAUCACUGUAAAAAGAAAUAAUAUUUUAAUAUUUUUAAAAUUUGUAUUUGUAUACUUUUUUCAUUAAAUACCUCAUACUCUCA